AUGCAACAGAUACGCAUCAGAGAUCGAUUAAAAUCGCGAAGUAAAUCGAAUAUUCUCGCCAGAGUAAUGUAUAAACGAGUACGAAAUCAUGUGGUCAAACUCAUUAACAAUGCUAAGUCUAACUACUUUAUACAACAAAUUAUGGAGAAUAAAGACAAUGUCAAAAACCUUUGGAAAGUUCUAAAGCGUGUUGUACCAAUUACGCCGUUACAAUUACAACCACAGCAAAUUGAAGUAGAUGGUAGGUUUAUAUCAGAUCCGGUAGAAAUCUCAAAUGCUUUUAACCAAUAUUUUACAUCACUUCCACAAUCUAUAAACUUGAAUAUAAGGGCAGAUAACCCUGAGAUGACUGCUCAUUUCGAUGAUUUACUCCAUGAAUUUAUAGUGACCCGUUCAAGCAAUUCUCCACCUCUCUUUGAAAUUCCACCGAUCCACUUGAUAUUAAAACUAUCCCUUCUAACAAAGCAACGGGCUUAGACGGAAUCAGCAUUCGCCUUUUAAAAGCAGCCUUACCAGCAAUAUCUUCAAGUUUGGUAAAUAUAUAUAAUGCCAGUAUCACAAGUGGGAUUUUCCCUGAUGAAUUCAAAAGAGCUAAAGUUACCCCCUGUCAUAAAAAAGAAUCGACCCACGAAAGAGGCAAUUUUCGGCCAAUCUCUGUUUUAUCUAUGCUCUCGAAACCACUUGAACGACAUGUUUCAUUAUCAUUCUGCGAGCACUUGAGAUCCCAUGAUCUGCUGUAUUUAAACCAGUCCGGGUUUAGAUCACAUCACUCGUGUGAAACUGCCCUUAUUAACAUAACUGACAAGUGGCUCAAAGCAAUGGAUGAUGGUGAACUUAUUGGGGCUGUCUUCAUGGAUUUUAGUAAGGCGUUUGAUUUAGUCAAUCAUGAUGUACUUCUAAGGAAACUUGCUAAAUACCAUAUUAGUCAACAGGCCUUGCAGUGGUUUACAUCCUAUUUAGAUGGUCGCUCUCAACAAUGUUCUGUAUUAGGAUCACUUUCAAGUUCUCUGAUGUUGGAACGAGGAGUUCCACAAGGAUCGAUAUUGGGACCCAUACUCUUUUCCAUAUAUAUAAAUGACCUGCCAAUGUCACUUGGAGAAGCUAACGCGGAUAUUUAUGCGGAUGAUACAACACUUUGGUCGAGUAGCAAGUCGUGUGAUGAAAUCCAGCAAACAUUACAAAACGCAUUGGACAUUACAGAAUAA